GAGGGUCAUAUCAACACCCGUCAGUACAUGUGGGGUAUACAGGUCAGUUCAGUAUUAUUCAAAUCAAGCGUAUUUUUACGCGGCCAGUCAUCUGCAGGGUCAUACCCUGGACAUCACCUUAUGCUGCCCUUUUAGCCGCGACCAAUGAUCGAAACAAGAUCUAUAUUGUGCGAGGAACACAUGGUAGGGAAGGAGAGUAGAGACUGACGACCAAAUCAAUCACAAGUUUUGCUGAGGAUCCUGCACCAUUACACUGCAUGUGGCUUAAAGUGUUCCAUAAAACACGUGGCCGUACGUUCAGCGACAACCUGAAACACCGACCCGUUGGGCGUUGUGUACUGUAUUCCCAGCGGUGUACAGCAGAUCGAGAGUCUAUCGUUUACAGGUGAAUAGGUUAUUUAAAGAAACUAUGCGACGAAAAUACUAUUUUCUUGGUGCCUUAAUAAUUAUCAUGACUAUCAUUGCAUUAAGGACACAUAAAAGCACUCUCGGUGUGGUGUGGGACCCUCAUAUUCUAAUUAGUCGACCUCGGAGAGGGGGAGGACCGUUUGUAAGACUUUUUCUUGAAGCACAAGACGAGGUGCUGUGCCCCAGUAUCCAUUCUUCUGUGGACCCCGUGGUUCCAGGAUGUCAACUGGGCGGCGAACUUCUCAACAGUAUUCGACAUGUGUGAUUAUAAAUGCCACCUGACCAAGGACAAGACACGUCUGGUGGGAAGUCAGGCGGUAUUGUUUCAUGCUCAAGACUUGGGUAGCCUGCCCCGGCAACGCCAGUCAAACCAAGUGUGGAUAUUUCAUACUAGAGAACCUCCACCGAAUGCAGCAUUCAACUUUUACAGAUAUGCCAAUGUUUUCAACUGGACAAGUACAUAUCGAAGUGACAGUGAAGUGUACUCCCCGUACGGUGGAACAUUUAGAAGGAAACGUCCAAAUCGUGGUGUACCAAACUUCGCCAGCACAAAGACUCACGGAGUGGCGUGGGUAGCCAGUAAUUGCAGGGACCAGGCGCAACGGGGAAACCUUGUCAAGGAACUGAGGAAGUUCAUUCAUGUCGACACCUUUGGAUACUGUGGUGAAAUGGAUCUUCCAGCAGACAAAACGGAUGAAGUAUUGAAACACUAUAAGUUUUAUCUGGCCUUCGAGAACAGCUACUGUCGAGACUAUAUUUCGGAAAAGUUCUGGUCGUCUCUGCGGCGCCACCAGAUACCUAUAGUAGCUGGAGGAGGAGAUUACGCCCGCGUUGCUCCGCCUCACUCCUAUAUAAAUGUUCUUGAGUAUCAAAGUACGGAGGAAUUGGCAGGCUACAUCAAAUAUCUAGAUCAAAACGACGAAGCGUACAAUGAAUAUCUAGAAUGGACAAGAGAAUACUUUGUGAGAAACACUAAAUCUUGAUUCAGUGCUGUGUGAUAUUUGUACUUCUAUCCACGUUGAUUUGAGGACUUCCCAAGUAUACACAGACUUACAAAGGUUAUAUAGAAGAUGAUAUCUGCGGAAGAUGACAUGUACCUUGGAUUUCAUUUGGCGUAAACAAAAUAAUCAGUGACCGCGGACAACUGAUUUGUCUGACACUUCUAUUGUUCACAAACCAUCAUUAGUAGUAGUUUAUGAAUGUGUUAUAGGACUAAUUCAGGACAGCCAUCGUCCAAAUAUUUAAAACUAAAAACUAUGUACUCAAGACAUGCGAGACUUUAUUGUAAUUAUUUAUAUGAUGCUAAUCUGUAUUCUCUGCAAUUUAAUUAUUGUCAUUUUUUUGGUACUGAGCCUCACCUUCUGAUUUCAAAGAUCUUUUAAUGAAAUGUUUAUUGAAUCUGUCCACUGCAGUAAAUACCUGGAUGUGAAAUGUACAUUACAACACGUCAGACUUGCAUAGUUAUAUCUGGUGCACGAGAUUUCCAAUGACAUCAAGAAUUGUUCCUUAGUGAUUAUUUACCGAUCU